AUGGUGAAUAUGUUUGACACUAUCGGCUCAAAACGCAAAGGCAACAACAAGCAACAGCAAUCCAUUGUUUCUUUCAAUCCUACUACGCUCAUCCAACGACCAGUUACGGAGGCAGAGGCAUCUCAACAGGCCAUCAAUGGAGAGGCCUCUUCAGGACCUAUGGCUGUCAUACGUCCAUUCCUCAAGAGUAUCGAGGAGGAUUCGGUUUUCAUCGAUCUGACACCUGUCAAAGAUCGUAAUCUAUUGAACAAGGCCCUUCCCAAGUUCAAUGAAGCUACAACCAACUCUGGACUUUAUGAAGACUUUCUUGGUUACCGUAGCAAACCAAGACAUUACCUUGGCCAUGCUUUCCUCGAGACAAUGUGGCUGCCUGAGUGUGUAGGACGCACCACACUCAUCAACGACGGCAUUACCCUGGAAGAUGGUAUCUAUUUGAGAGGUUUUCCAUCCUACCCUGGCGAUGCCACCAUUGUCAAGUUGACAUUGCAGAAUUUCCCCUUCUUGCCAGCUUUGCAACUCAAGGAGGAAAUGGCGACUCGUCUCUCCCGUUAUGGUGAUGUCCUGGAUCAUGGCAUCUCAAGAACUAAUGGCAUCUUCCAGGGUGAAGGUUAUGCUACGCUUAACCUUACUGUGCCUUCCUCCCCUGACUAUGCCUGUGAUUAA